AUGUUCUAUGAGCUGUCCAUCCAGUACGACGACCCUGCGCUUACAACCUUGAUUGAGGACACUCCCAUAUCCAACAUCUCUGCCUUUGCCAUGACACACGCGUAUCCGAAUUGGUACCCUUCACAUAUGCCUAGGCUCUUCAGCAGAGAAGAGACACAGGAGGAACGAGAGGACAACGUUUCACUAAUGGAGACUUUUCUCAAACUGCAAGGAUUCCAAACUAGCGAUCAGAUAUACGACUUUGUGAAGCUGCAAUCCCAUCGAUGCAUUCAUUUGUUCUACACGUACCUUGAUUCCUAUGCACCUUCCGACUCGUUGACGAGUCCAAACCAGAUGUUCUCCACAUACAUGGUGCGGAUACUAUCACCGUUGGUUCCGCAGGGGAACUGGACUACCGGCGGUGACCCCCCUGCCCCAAGUGAAUUCUUUUACAGGUCAUUUCCUAAGGUGUCGCCGGAUUUCGACAAUGACUACCAUGUCAACAAUCCCGGUGUCUUCUGGGGGUGGUUCAAUCUGUCCAGAUGGCUACCCAACUUGAUCCAAAGGGUGUUGUUCCCACUAGACGGUUAUGCCUAUCACAACAACGAGGAAACAAAGGAUCAAAACGAUAGGAGGAUCCCAAACGCAAGGAAAUUGUACGGUAAAAACACUCCAACAAAAUUAGAAUGUCAAUUAUGCCAGCAUUUUAAAGGCAUAACAUUAUACAAUAAGAACGGUGACUGGUAUUGUGUCUACCAAGAGAAAUUGGACUCAUUAACUAGAGAUAACUUUUUCUCCUCUUUUAGUGACUACAUCAAUUGGAAGACUGACUAUAGUGAGAAGCUGGUCGAAUUGCAAAAUAAGGCGUUCAAGGCCAGGGAUAUGAGGGAAAUGGAACAAAUAGAGAAGGAUAUCUAUGAACUAAGGAGAAAUUUAGAUAAAAGGACCAAUACAAUCAAAUCAAACUAUAUUGUUAGUGUCAGGGGUUAG